ACCACUGGCGACCUUGUAAUGAACUUAGCGAAGCAAUGGCGGCCGAGCCCCGGUGGUUUGUCGUUAAAUGUCAAACGCCAGUGAAAAUCGCAGAGUAGCGAAUCGUCGGUGACAUUCCGGUCACAGAGAUGGCCGCGAAAGAGCCGGACGCGAUCGACGACGGCAUCGCUGAGCCGGGUAUCGAGCCCGGCGCUUCCACAGAGACGAUGCUCGUCACUACCGACAGCUUCGACGAGUAUGAGCAGGAGAUGAGCAGCAGCAUUGAUGACAGGCAGAUGAAGGAGAGCACUACCAGCACCAUCUCCGAGAUCCAGGAAGACUCGCAGAACAUUCCGACAACACCUACCGCUGUUAGCCCGCCGGAAGCCGAGAAAACUCUACCUCUUGAUGACUCCGAAAUGGAUGAUGUGACACACUGUCUGAGUCUGAGUAGUCUGGAUGGAGAUCCGUUGCACUGCAAGACCUGGUUAGCCCAAAGGAAACAUAUCUUCAUUCUGAGUCAGGCGGGCAAGCCUAUAUACUCUAGAUACAGUUCAGAGGACAAGCUAGUCACUCUUAUGGGGGUCAUGCAGGCUUUAGUAUCAUUUGUGCAAGAUGGCAGCGAUAUGAUUAGGUCGGUGCAUGCAGGCAACACAAAUUUUGUCUUCGUCGUUAAGGGCCCGUUGAUCUUAGUGGCGGUAUCCAAAACUUUGGAGAGUGUACCUCAACUUACUUUACAGUUAACAUAUGUAUAUAAUCAGAUAAUCUCUGUAUUGACACAGUCUCAACUGAACAGAGUAUACGAUCAAAGGAGGAACUUUGAUCUACGGAGAUUAUUAACUGGUAGUGAAAGACUGAUAGAUCAUUUAUUAAAUUUUAUGGAUAGGGAGCCAGCUUUUUUUUUAGGGGCUAUUAAAUGUUUGCCCCUACUACCCUCUAUGAGAAGUUCGAUUACGCAGACCAUUAUUCAAACGUGUGCUAAGAUCAAGAAUUUAGUAUUCGCGAUACUUCUAGCUAACAACCAGCUGGUGACGCUGGUUAGGAUGAAUAAAUUUUUCCUACAUCCAAUGGAUCUACAUAUAAUACAAAAUCUGGUAGACAGCUCCGAGUCGCUUAAGACAGCUGAGAGCUGGACACCGAUAUGUCUACCGAAAUUCGAUCCAAAUGGAUAUAUGCACGGUCACGUUUCCUAUCUGGCGGAAGAUUGCCAGGCAUGUUUGUUAUUACUCACCGUCGAUAGGGACGUGUUUUUCGUAUUAUCGGAAGCCAAACAAAAAAUCGUGGAAAAAUUGCGGCGGACAAAUUGUUUAGAGGCGAUAAACGAGUCCAUGAAUAAGCCAACGAUUACGACCGCCGAUAUUGGGCUGCCUGAGAUGCGACACGUAUUGUACAAGUGCAAAAGCACCGCGCAAUUUUGGAGCCCUGGGCUUCAGCCUCCUUAUACUACGGAGGAGGAAGUAGAACGAUUGCUGGGACUUUAUCAGUGUUUACAUCAUAGAUUACAUUCACCUAGUCGACCGUUGAAGCUUAUAUUUCAACAACUAGACAAGGAAACGAUGUUGGCAUGGGUGGCUUCCGGUUUCGAAUUAUACGUAACAUUCGAGCCUCUGGUGACGAAACCAGACGCUAUUGAGGCAGUCAGCAAGCUGUUAAAGUGGAUCAAAAAAGAAGAAGAGAGAUUAUUCAUCUUGAAUUCGCCUACGUUUUGAAUAUCAUCAGAUACUACUUGGACGUGUAUAUGAGUGAUAUACUGGCAGUGAUGUGUUGGAAGCGUUUACCGAAAGACCAAACAUAAUCCGAAAACGUUCGAGAUAUAUUACAAGAGGGAUUCCAAAGCAAAACGUUUUCGCAAUAGUUUUCAAGUGCAAGAAUAUAGUUAUUAUUCGUCCAUUGUUAUUGGUAACAAUGCCAUUCACUAUUUUUUUAUUUAAUAGAGCUGUUAUAAUAUAACGUAAGUUUAUAAAAAUGUACAUAUAUUCAAAUAUCUUACACGAACGCGCUCCUGAUGUAAUAUUAUACACUAUAAUUUUCAUACCAAAAUCAUCCUCCUCCCGCACGUGAUUCACCGGGUACUAAAUACAUUCAAAUAACACUGAAAAUAAGAAAGAGUGGACAAAGUUAUUUGUUUAUUAUCAGUUAUACUUCGUCUCUCGAUUUAUCCAAUUUUUGUAUUCCAUGUAAACAAUGCUUGAUAAAAAGUCAGAUUUCUCGUA